CAUAGUCAUGAAUAUGAUAAAAUAAAUUUAAGUAGACUUUUAGACAAAUUUAAAGCCACAAUUUAUCUUUCUCUUGAUGAGUUUUGGGAUAUUCCAGAAGAAACUGCAGAUAUUCCAGAAGAAACUGUGGUUUUGGCCACGAUUUUAGAUCCUCAUCUUAAAGGUUUUCGAUUUGUUGAUCAAAAUGAACGUAUCGAUAUUCAAGCAAAACUUAGAAACAAAUAUCAAGAAUUAAAAGAUAAUCAAAAUAAUAUUUUAUUAGCAACACAAGACAUAAAUAAUGAUACAAAUGUUGAUCUUAUGUUUGAUAAUAU